ACGAAACAAAGUGGUGUUGUUGAAAGUUGGCUGUUCGAUCCAUCCUGAGUGAAAUGGAUAAUUAUAUCAGCAUACCUGAAAGUGACAGUGAUGGAGAACCUUCAAGGGAGACAGCUACCUGUAUAUUGAUCAGCUCAGACAGCGGUGAAGAGGAUAACAUAACUGUCAAAGGGAGAACAUCCCGCUCCCGGGAAACCAAGAAAGGGUGGUCAUUUCUUCCACAGAGUUUGCGGAAUCCUCGCAAGAGGACGACGGAAGCUACUAAACCAACAAUGAAGAAAUCCAUGGCAGAUUCAGAGAAUGUUCACCCCUCAGAACCAGUGGGACAAAAGCACAAACCUGUGGCAGGCUCUGACUCAGACACUGACGAUGGGGCCCCUGUCAUCAAAAAGCCAACGAAGUCUCGGACAUUCAGGCGAGGCUUGACCUCUCAGAGUUCCAUCGCCUGUCAGCCCACGCCCCUUAUCGAGAAGACAGAGAGCAGUAGUAUAUACUCCACCAGGGUCAGCAACUGUAUGAAUGCUCUGAGAAAGGGGAAGCUAGGCAUACGUGUGGAUCUGGCAGAUUCGAGUUCUGACAAUGAAGAAGGGGGAUUUAUUGAAUCAGGAAAGCAAGGGAGACAACCCAGUGCAGAACACUUGACAGACGAUAUCAACCUGCAUGACCUGUCUCAGAAUUCCCCACCUAGAGAUGACUCUCAGACGUUAGCAAACAGAUCUCCCACCCCUCCCCCCUCCCCUCCAUCUUCCCCCAAAACCUUGUACCCCUCUACUGUCGGGAACAAGCUGAGCACCAAUGUCAGGAAUGCUAUCAAAUUUCUCCAUUCUCCACACCUGACUGAUUACACCCCAUUAGAAGACCAGGACUUGAUAUUUGACGGGGAAGAGCCGGCUGACACAGUCCGAAAGAUGAUGGUCAAGGUUCGCAGCCGGUCAGGCAUCCAGAGGUUCUCACUCAAAAUGACAGAAACAUUUAAGAGAAUAUUUUCUGAAAUGGCUGAACACGAGGGUGUAAAGGAGGGUCAGAUUGUGAUGUUUCGACGAGAAGAGUCCAUUAGGCCUGCACAUACUCCGGAGUCACUCAGUCUUCACGUUGCCGAUAUUAUAGACUGUCGUAUAGGAGGUGAGGCCGACAUGAACGAAAGUCUGGAUUGUUCUUUGGUGGAAAAUGUCAUCACGAUUUUCAUCCAGGGGAAAGAUUCAAGAUCCAAAACUGCCAUCAAAAUGAGAAAGGAUGAUCCUUUAGAGACUGGAUUGCAGAAGUAUUGUAAGCAAAGUGGUGCCACCAUGGAAACCAUGUCUUUGGUGUUUGAUGGGGAUGUUGUGAGUGUCAACCAGACGCCAGAUGACCUGGACAUGGAAGAUGGCGACUGCAUAGAUGUUAUAACAACGGGUAAAAAAUCCAAGUCAAGAAAAGUGUAACAGAAAAGUGACAGUUUUAUCAACAUUUAGUAUACAGAGGAGUGUGGAAUCUGAAACAGUUGGUGAAAAAAAUACUGUUUUACUGGUUGGAGAGAAAAAAUACUGCUUUACCCACCUGUAGUGGAGACAUCAGGUUGGCAUGGGGAAGCACUGCUGCUCUGUAAAGAUUUGUUGGACUUGGACAGUUGCUAAAGUAACUGAUCCACCAAUCAAUGGACAGCAAAGUGUGAAUAAUUAAAGCAUGGCAUUAUUAACCUGAC